AUGCACCCUCUGGAAGCCGAGCUUCGCUCCCUGCUCGAGGCCCAGAACGGCUUCUCGCCGGUGGACGGCGCCGGCGACGACGACGAUGACGAGAUCCCCGUCGGCCGGCCAGUCCCGGAAUACGCCGCCGUGAUUGAUGCGUUCCCGUCGGCGACCGUCGCCGACAUCCACGCCGUCGUGAAGCGCAUGGUAGCGGCGGGGCUUGGCGAGGAGUGCCUACGGGCCUACAGCACCUGCCGGGGGGAUUUCCUGCAGGAGAGCAUUUCUAGGCUGGGGUUCCGCCAUGGGCCGCCAUGGCCGGCGGCGGAGGAGGAGAUCGCGCGGUGGGUGGAGGUCGUCAGGGUGGCGGUCUUCAUCCUGUUUCCCAGUGAGCGCCGCCUCUGCAACCGCGUCUUCGCCGGCCUCGCCGCCGCUGGGGACCUUUCGCUGGCGGAAACCUGCCGGGGCGCUAUGCGGCGGCUCUUCGCCUUCCCCGAGGCGGCGGCGACGGCGAGCAGGUCGCCGGAGAGGCUCUUUGGGUUGAUGGACGUGUACGAAGCCCUCCGCGAGUUGGUUCCGGAGAUCGCCUCCGUCUUCUCCGGCGAGUCCAGCUCCGUCUUGCUCCUCCAGUCCGCCGCCGCCGGCGCCCGGCUGGCGGCGGCCGUCAGAGACGUCUUCGCCGAGCUGGAGAACCGCAUCCGCCGGGACCCGGUGGCGCCUCCCGUCGCCGGCGGCGGCCUCCACCCGAUGACGCGGUACGUCGUGAACUAUCUCCGCGCGGCAUGCAGAUCCCGGCGAACCCUGGAGGAGAUCAUGAACGAGGACGGCGGCGCCGCCGCCGGGGAUCAGAUCGGCUGGGCGAUGGACCUUCUUCUGGGCAACCUCGAGUCCAAGUCCAAGUGCUACAGGAACCCCGCUCAGAGCUUCCUCUUCCUGCUGAACAACGGCUGGUACAUCUCGCAGAAGGUGAAGGACGGGGAGCUGGGUAUCCUCCUAGGGGAAGACUGGAUCCGCGGGCAGACGGCAAGCGUCCGGCGAUGGCGCAGCAGCUACCAGAGGACAACCUGGGGAGAAGUAAUCGACCUGCUCAACGCCAGCCGUGAAGCGUCAUCGGGUUCAUUUUCUCCGGCGCCGGCGAGCUCCCUCGGGGAGAAGUUGCAGCUGUUCAACGAGCUCUUCGGAGAGACCUACAGGAACCAGACGGGAUGGGUGGUGGCGGACGAGCGGCUGGCGACGGAGCUCAGAGCCUCCGCCAUUGAGCUCGUGCUGCCGGCAUACCAGAGCUUCCUGAGGAGGCUUCGGAGCUCCCCGGCGCUGGAGAAGUCGCUAGGGAGGCUCGUCAUGUACAGCCCUGCGGACGUCAGGGCCCGCAUCAACCGGCUGUUCAAGUGGAGUGCGAGGAAUCUGUGA